GUUCAAGGUCAGGCUUUUCGUGCAAGAGGUUACGGGUAUGAGAUUAUCUGCUGUAUUCCGAUAUAUGACCACUUUAACACUAUUUAAGGUUUGGGGUUACUCACGCUAACAGUUGUACAUAAAAAACUGCCUUCGAUUAACAAUGAUUCCUGGUGGUCAAGCGCAUAUUAACGCUAGAGAUGCAGCAGUAAAAUCUAUCGAUGAACUUGCCAACUAUUUCAAAGUUGACUUAAAAACUGGCCUUGAUCAUACUGAAGCUCAACAUCGACUUAAGUUAUGUGGUCCAAAUGAGUUGAAACACCCAAACCCAGAUCCUUUAUAUAAGAAAUAUCUCGAACAAUUCAAAGAACCUAUGAUACUGUUACUACUUUCAUCAGCAUGUAUCAGUCUUAUUAUGAAGCAAUAUGAUGAUACCAUUAGCAUUACUGUUGCAAUUUUAAUAGUGGUUACUGUCGCGUUUAUUCAGAGUUAUAGAUCAGAGAAAGUCCUAGAAGCUUUACAAAAAUUGAUGCCACCGAAAUGUAGCUGUCUACGUAGUGGUGAAAUGCAUACAUUUCUAGCUUCGUAUCUUGUUCCUGGUGAUAUUGUCUGUUUAUCAGUUGGUGAUCGUCUCCCAGCAGAUUUAAGACUUUUCGAUCUGACAGAUUUACGAAUGGAUGAGUCUAGUUUGACUGGAGAAACUGAAGCCGUUCCCAAAUCUUCAGAGGUUCUUUGUACACAUUUCCCGAUUUCUAAUACUUCUGAAGUUAGAUUUUCAUCAACACAAAAUGUGAAUAUAGGCGAUAACAAAGCUGUUGAACGUCUACGUGGAUGUCAUGAUCUAAUUAAUAUUGGAUUUAUGGGAACAUUAGUUUGUUCGGGUACUGGAAAAGGUUUGGUUAUUGGAACUGGAGAACAUUCGGAAUUUGGUGAAGUUUUCCGUAUGAUGCAUUCAGAAGAAGCACCACGUACACCACUUCAGAAGAGUAUGGAUAAGUUGGGAAAGCAUUUAUCUGCUAUCUCUUUAAUUAUUAUUAGUAGUAUAGUGAUUAUUGGUCUAUUUCAAGGACGCCAUAUUUUAGAAUUGUUAACUAUUGGCGUAAGUUUGGCAGUCGCAGCAAUCCCUGAAGGUCUUCCUAUUGUAGUAACUGUCACUCUAGCUAUUGGCCAAAUGCGUAUGGCAGCAAGAAAUGCGAUUGUUAGACGACUUCCAGCUGUUGAAACUCUUGGUUGUGUAAAUGUAGUUUGUUCAGAUAAAACUGGAACCAUGACGAAGAAUGAAAUGACUGUAUCACAUAUAGUUACUGGUUCAUUAGAAAGAUACACAAUUCCUAUUCAACAAGCCAAUAAACACAGUGAUACUACUUGUGUAAAGUUAGAUAUGAAUUAUGCCAAUCCUUCUAAUUAUUUGACUGUAACUUCUGCUGCCACUCCUACCGAAACCAUUAAACUAGAUAACGUUUCACUGUCAAAUAAAUUAAUGUUAAAUCAUAUCAAUCCUCAUUAUCAGAUGUCAGCAAAUGCUAGAUCAGUUUCGUUUGACGAAUUACGUACACCAUAUUAUUAUCCACCAUCUUUGGAUAGCAUAAUACAGAUUGGUUGUAUUUGUAAUAAUGCUACAAUUCGAGAUAAUCAGUUAUUCGGUCAACCCACGGAAGGUGCACUAUUAAGACUGGCCUCCCAAUUUCAUGCACUAGAUGAACGUGCAUUUUAUACUCGUUUACAAGAAUGGCCAUUUAGUUCCGAGUCAAAACUUAUGAUUGUUAAAUGUGUUCGAAAUAAUCAAUCGUCGACUCCUGAUGAACCAGUCUACUUUGCUAAAGGAGCUGUAGACCAAUUGCUUAAUCGUUGUGCCUUUACAUCUUUUUCAAACGAUUCUGCGAUUUCAAUGCAAUCAUCACCAUCUGAUGGUCAUCCAUUUAUGUUAUCGAAUCGUUAUUCUAAUAAUAGUUCUAUAAAGCCAAUGGAUUUAGAGACUAGAAAAGCAAUACUUAAUGAAGCGUCCAUACUUGGUAACUUAGGUUUACGUGUAUUAGCAUUGGCUAAAGGUGUUAAUUCUGAACAGAUGAUUUUCCAUGGAUUAGUUGGUUUAAUUGAUCCACCACGUCCGGGUGUAACUGAGUGCAUUCGAAUAUUAUAUGAAUCUGGUGUUCGCGUGAUUAUGAUAACUGGUGAUGCUAAAGAAACUGCAUGUACAAUUGGCUCUCGUUUAUCUCUUUAUCGCCCUGGUGAUCUGUGCCUCAGUGGUGAAGAAGUAGAACGAAUAAGCGUUGAACAAUUAAUGUCAGUUGUACGUAAUGUUACUGUGUUUUAUCGAUCCGGACCGAAACAUAAGUGCAAAAUUGUCAAGGCUCUACAACAAUCCAAUUUAGUUGUCGCAAUGACUGGUGAUGGUGUGAAUGAUGCAAUCGCAUUAAAGUCAUCAGAUAUCGGUAUUGCAAUGGGUCGUACAGGAACAGAUGUAUGUCGUGAAGCUGCUGAUAUUGUUUUAUUAGACGAUAAUUUUGCCACAAUUUUAGCUGCGAUGGAAGAAGGCAAAGCAUUAUUUCAUAAUAUUAAAAAUUUCAUCGGCUUUCAAUUAAGCACGUCUAUAGCUGCUCUAGCCUUAAUUGCUUUAUCCACAUUACUUUCACUCCCAAGUCCACUGAAUGCUAUGCAAAUUCUUUUUAUUAAUAUACUAAUGGAUGGUCCACCUGCUCAAAGUCUAGGCGUAGAACCACCAGAUCCUCAUGUAGUUAGACAACCUCCCAGACGAGCAAAUGAUUCUAUUUUGGAUGGUCGUUUAAUGUUCAAUGUAUUGACAGCUUCAUCACUAAUUGUCUCUGGUACUUUAUGGAUUUUCUUUAGAGAAUUGUCUGAUAAUAAAGUUACACGACAUGAUACAACUAUGACUUUUACAUGUUUCGUUUUAUUUGAUAUGUUCAACGCAUUAAGUUUUCGAUCACAGAAUAAAUCGAUCUUCUCAUUGGGAUUUUUCUCUAACCGUUUGUUUGUACUAGCUGUUGGGUUGUCUUUAUUUGGUCAGUUAUUGGUAAUAUAUUUCCCACCAUUGCAAGCUGUCUUUCAAACUGAAGCAUUGACAUUAAAAGAUUUAGUUUUAUUAGUUUGUUUAACGUCAUCGGUAUUUUUCGUGUCUGAACUACGUAAACUUGUGCGCAUACGUUCAGAUUUCUAUUUCUGGGCUACAUAUUUUCUGUCGUUUAUAAAAUUACCAAGACGAGUAAAAAUGGAUGACAACAUGGUUUGAUGUGUUGAUUUUUCUGCCUUGUUAAAAUAAUGUCCUUUUCCUAUAAACAGAAAAUAAACGAUUUUAUGUUAAGAUAUACACGCACACAUUACGGAGUUUACUUUUUAUAUGUAUAUGUGAGGUAUACACAUUUGUAACAAUUUUUAAAUGUAUCUUAUUUAGGUAACAAUCUAUCUCAAACCUACUUUAAUUCUCCUAUCUUAUAGUAAAAUAACAAUAGUUGAGAGAAUUGUAUGUAUCUAUUUCUUGAUGUAGAAUAUAAAAAUUUCUUUGUUAAUGAAAAAAAUAAAAUACCAUUCUGCCUGUACAUUAAAGUAUGUUUGUUUCAGUUAUAUUUCUCAUUUUCUUUCUAUCCCCAUUUUCAUGUAUUUUUGUGGUAUCGUCUAUGCUGCCAUUUUAUUAUCCUUUUGUUUAUGUCAAUUUUAUUUUAUUUUUAAAUUUUCUGGUCAUCUAUUUUGCUUCAAUUAUGAAUACUGAUUUGGUUUGUUCCUUUUUUUGUAAAAAAAUUACUAAAGUUUAUGUCCUGUUUCCAAUUGCUUUUGUUUCAUUCACUUUUUUGUACUUAUAUGACUGCUUCUCAUAAUCCAAUGUAUUAAGUUAAUGUCUUCUUCUUCUUUCUCUUGUGAUUUGUUAUGCUGAGAUUUCUAGAUUUUAUGAAAAAAGAAUUCUGUACGUGUGUGUAUAUCGAUAAAAGUCAAAUGAUAUUCCUUCAAUCUUAUCACCAUUAUCACUAAUAAUAUUCAUUCACUCAGUAAUGUACUUAUUGUCCUCAUUUAUCUUCUGUUUCUUUUAAACUCACUAUUCGUCUUUCUAAGAUAUUCAAGUCAGUGUUUUGUAGUAGAAAUAAAAAGACGUUGUUUUCUUGUUCUGAUUUGUUCAGCGUUUUCCUUUUGGAUAUACUAAUGGAUAACAAAACGGUUUAAGUAAUGGAUCUCAGAUUUACUUUCAGGGUCAUCUUAACGAUUAAAAACUGAGUUUUUAACUGCUAUGCUAAACUUUUGAACAUUAUUUCAUCUACUUCCUUCUAGACAGUUGGAUAUUAUUACUGGCCGUUAUACAACAACUGUUCAGAACUGAAUACAUAACCCUGUACUUGGUAAAUGAGCUACAUUAAUGCAAUACUAUUCAG